AUGGGCUUCCUAUCAACCCUGUCACAAAUACUCGGCGUUGGACGGAAGCAAGUUAACGUUAUCGUUGUCGGACUGGAUAAUUCAGGAAAGACAACCAUGUUAAACUACUUGCGAACGCCAGAAACUCGAACCAGCCAAAUUGCCCCGACAGUCGGCUAUUCAGUCACGAACUUCACCACGGAGAGUUUCAGUUUUACGGCUUUCGAUAUGGCUGGACAAGGAAAAUACCGUAACCUGUGGGAGACGUACUACCUGAACGCUCAAGCCGUGAUUUUUGUGGUGGAUAGCGCCGAUCGAAAAUUUGGAAUUUCAGGCCUUGAUCUAAUCAGAGGUCAUAAAUGGAAUAUCCACGCCACAUGUGCUCUUAAUGGAGCAGGAGUUCAACGGGCUAUCGAAUGGCUGACGAAGGAAAUCAGAGCAUACUUGGACUCGUUGAAAUGA